AUGAAGUCUCUCCUGCCUCUUCUCUGCGGUGGCGCAGGCGUAGUAGCAUCAGCAUCCGCAUACUCGCAACACCCCAGCGUUCCCCAACAACCCAAAAGCUUCUUCCGCCAAAUCGGAAAUGCAACAUGGAUCCUAGGAAACGAGCUCUGGAACGUGACGCAAAACGCACAGUAUGCGGAUAAAUUAAUGUUUAAAGGAAAGGAUCGUGUGGGUGAGGCGGUGGGACAUUAUGUUAGUUACAAUGGCGCAGCAUCCGACCUUCGCUGGACCACCGCUUCCAUCGCAUCAUCCGGCCCUAACUGGCUCGACAUACGCUUCAGCGCUGCGGAAGGCGAUUUCCACUGGGUGCUCCACGACGACCUCGCUGGCGCAUAUCAAUACUUCAUCAACCGCGCGCUACCCACGCUUGGUGAAUUCCGCACCCUAUGGCGCCUCUCCAACAGCUCCUUCCCCAACGCCUUCACAAACGUGAAAAGCGGGCCACUCCCACCGUUCUCCUCGUACCAAAACGCUACGAAUGUGCAAGACGAGACGUGGCAGAAGAGCGAUGGCACUUUCUUGACCAAAUACGACUGGGCUGCUUUUUUGCGCGAGCAGACGGUGUAUGGGGUUUGGGGCGAGGAGGUGGGGAGUUGGUAUUUGCAUCCCGGCAAGGAGUAUUUGAAUGGGGAUCAGUUGAAGCAGGAGUUGAUGCUGCAUCGUGAGUCCAAGACGGGGGAUACAGUGCAGUUGAAUAUGCUGCAUGGGACGCAUUAUCAAGCCUCAUCCCGCGAUUCUUUUGCGGUGGGUGAUGAUGCUAGGGUUUGGGGGCCUUGGCUGUGGUAUUUAAAUGAUGGGAGUAGGCAGGAUGCUGCUGCACGGUGGGAAAGGGAAAAGAAAGAGUGGCCAUAUGCGUGGUUCAAGAAUGCAGCGUAUCAGUCUCGAGGCGCGGUUCAAGGAAAGCUGCUGCUGAGUGAUGGACGGCCUGCGGCUGGUGCAGCAGUGUUUCUAGGUGACAAUCGCAACGAGACGGUGUCGACGCUGGAUCAGGGACAGAAUUAUUACUACACGACCUACGCGGAUGAUACGGGCUCGUUCCGUAUACGCGACGUCCGGUCUGGCAUGUAUGCCUUGUAUGCGUGGGGAAACGGCAGGCCGAUUGCAGAUGUCAUAACGAACUUUACGCACAACGAUGUUGAAAUCAGAAAGGGAAAGACAACAAAGUUACCCUCACUUACCUGGCCCGUUACGAACAAGACAAAACGCAUCUUUCAAAUUGGGGAUUUCGACCGCAAAACAGAUGGGUUUUAUCUGGCAGACGCGACGAUUCCAGUCCAACACGCUCGCAUAGAUAAAUGUCCCGCCAAUCUGACGUAUACUGUUGGUACCAGCACGCCAUCGAUAGAUUGGUGCUUUGGCCAAUCUAAACUGGGGACUUGGUCGGUUUCCUUUCUGGCCUCAUCUGACAAUAGUACCGCUGCUAGACUUGUCGUGUCUCUUGCCGGCUUUUCCCAAGGAUCCAGCGCUGACAUUCUGGUCAACGAGGCUAAAAUCGGGAAUAUCACCAGUGCCAGCUUGGCUAAUAGCCAGGAUACGUAUCGUGGUGCUACGAGAGCCGGGGAGUGGAGACGCUUAGAGUUUGGAGUUCCGCGGGGCCUUCUCAAAGAAGGGCAGAAUAAGCUAGACGUCAGGGUUACUAAAAGCACGCAGUGGAGAGGAUGGCUGUGGGAUAGUCUGGUUUUGGAAGCUGUGUAG